AUGGCGCCCAACGUGGGGCCACUGAUUAUUAAAAAUGGAUUUAGCGGUACUGAAGCAGGAGGCUGCAGACUGGGAUUGACUGAUCCUCGUGAUAUUGCUAAGUAUGUGCAGGACCAGCAACGAGACCUGCGGGCGGAGCGCAGAGAGCGGGAGGAUCGCGAACGCGAGUUUGCGGCCGCCCAGGCGAUGCGGGAGCACGAGAUUCAGAUGGCGGAGUUAAAUUUUAAGCAUAAGAUAGAGGUCCUUAAAGCUACGCCGCCCCCGCCCGUGGCUCCUCCCAAGACGAAGUUGCCGAUGUUUCCUGACGACGCAGACCAGGUCGAAGCUUAUUUCCUCGUACUCGAAAGGGUCGCCGCCGAUCACGGUGAAUUAAAGGAGGCUCUGCUGAGUGCUUACGCUAUUAGCCUCGAGCAGGCUCGUUGCAGGUUCCAGGAAGCUCACCUUGACGAGCGGGAGACCUGCAGGCUUUUCAUCACUCGCCUCUCUCAUCUCUUCAAGACUUGGCAUCGACUGAGUAAUUUACCUGAUACCAAGGAAGGUAUCCUGGAGCUCAUUCUGGUUACUCAGCUGCUAUCUUCGCUGCCCAAAGGAUUGCGAGCUCAGCUGAGAAUGAACAAAGUUACUAGCCUGGCGGAGACUGCGGACAUAGCAGAUGGCUGGUUCUCUGCUUAUGGCUACAACUACAGGGUCAAGAAAGAGGGCGACCGAAGGCAAGAGUCAAAGAAACCUGCUAUGAGAAGUGUCGGUGAUCGCAGGGAGGCAAAAACAGAGUUAAAAUCUCCUGAAACUGCAAAAUCACAGCCGGGAGAACACAAGCACCAGCCUUUCAAUAUGCCACGGAAAGGAGGUGAGAAGAAGCCGUUCUACCAGUCCGGUCACUUGGCUACAGUGAACAGUGUCCCGGAAAAGGAGGAGCCCCAGGUACAUGUGUCUGGCCUGGCACUUGGCCACCACGUACUCUGUGCAUGCUCUCCUCUUCCCUUGCCUUCAGCAGCCAACAAGAGAUUGUCUACUGCAGAGGGCAGGGUCCAGGGUCGCAGAGCAGUUAUCAUGCGAGACUCUGGGUCCACAGGAUGUGUAGUUAAAAAAGGCACUGUGACUGCUGCUGUCAUGGAUAACCCCGCCUUCGAUUUUGUCUUGGGCAACGUGCCUGGAGCUUCUCUGGUCCCGGCAAAAGAGGUCCAGACGCAGACACAGGUGGAAGGAGGCAAGGACGCGAUGACUCAAACUGCAGAGGAGAGUGAACCUGCUGCACAAGAUGUCACCCCUAUGUCAGAAUCCCCUGGUGUUCACGAUGUACCGAUCAUAUCUGCAGGCAUUAUAGAUCAUACCAGUGCUGCUGUCACUACGAGAGCUGCUGCACGUCGCUCUGAGAUCAGCACACGGCUGGCAAGUCCACAAGGUCUGGAAGCUUUAUUAAAAGGCGAGGACAUAGCUGAGCAGCAGAAGAAUGAUGCCACCCUCUCCAAACUACAUGAAUACGCUGAGCAACGACAUGUUCGCCUCUACAAAGGAAUAAAGACGGACUUUAUAUGGCAGAACAACAGACUUUACCGACGAACUACUUUGCCGAGGGGUGAGGUGAAGCUGCAGUUCGUUGUUCCAGCUGGAUGCCGCCAACAAGUCUUCAAGUUGGGGCACCACUCGCUCCUCGGAGGUCACAUGGGGGCAGCCAAAACUCUCGCCCGAAUACAAACCACCAUGUUCUGGCCUGGAAUGGGAGCUGAAAUCUUAAGACUCGCCCGUUCCUGUGACAUAUGUCAGAAGACAACGGACAAGGGACGCAAUACUGCGGCACCCCUACAGCCACUUCCUGUGAUUUCGGAACCGUUCUCUCGGGUGGCUGUCGAUAUUAACAUAGAGGCUGCCACAGUUGCAGAAGCUCUCUUUGGUGUGUUCUGCAGAAUUGGCAUACCCAGGGAAGUACUGAGCGACAGAGGCACACAGUUUACAUCAGGCAUGAUGGAAGAGACCUGGAAACUCCUGUCAGUAAAGGGGAUGAGAACUACACCAUACCACCCAGAAGGAAAUGGACUUUGUGAGCGAUUUAAUGGCACACUAAAGAAAAUGCUAAAACGCAUGGCAGCAGACCAGCCUCGGGAAUGGCCUCGCCUCUUGGCACCGCUGCUGUUUGCCUACAGAGAAGCACCACAGAGUUCCUUAAAAUUCUCCCCAUUUGAGUUGGUGUAUGGUAGACCAGUAAGAGGCCCUUUGCAAGUUCUAAGGGAGCUGUGGGACAAUACUGAGGAUGACCCAGUAAUCACCUCCUCUUAUCAGUAUGUUCUGGAUCUGAAUGAACGCUUGCAUUCUACGUGCGAACUCGCAAAGGAGGAGCUUUUGAAAAGUCAGGUCACUCAGAAGUCCUAUUAUGACAGGAAAGCUAAGCUUCGUACACUUGAUGAAGGAGAUCAGUGCUUGAUAUUGUUGCCUACGAGCACAAACAAGCUCUUAGCUCAGUGGAGUGGACCUUAUAUUAUUCUCAAGCGAGUUUCGGACGUUAAUUACAUCGUAGGAAUCGGCCACGAGAAGAAACUUUUCCACAUAAACAUGAUAAAGAAAUAUUAUCCAAGGUCCUCCCCUGUAUCUCAGCCUAGCUGUACAACUCGUCAACAAAGGGGUGACAAUCGACGUCCAGUGAAUGUUCGGCGACGGUCCUCUCCUGAUAGCGGUGUGGAUAAUUUGAAGCAUUUUGGGUGUGCGGCAACCGUAAUACCUGAGGACUCUGGUUUCUGUCAGCCCUGGACUCCUGAAACUGAUUCGAGGGAAGGACCAGAGAGUAUUAUCAUAAACCCGAAGCUAGAGGACCACCAUAAGGCAGACCUCCGUGAGAUCAUUCAGAAGUACCCCGAAAUCUUCUCUGAUCAACCCCGAGUUGCCAAGGUGGAAGAACAUAGAAUCAUCCUUCGUAAUAAAGUGCCAGUGCGCACAAAACCAUACCCUAUACCUCUGCGGUAUGUAGACUUGGUGAUCAAAGAGAUAAAGAAACUUGAAGCUAUUGGCAUUAUUGAACCGUCUAAGAAAAGCAGGAAGAUAACAGCUUUCAAAACCCCCUGUGGACUGUAUCAAUACAAGGUGCUACCCUUUGGAUUAACGAACUCUCCCUCAGUCUUCAAUCGGUGCAUGCGUCAGGUACUUGGAGAUAUUUCGGGAGUAGAAAUCUUUAUGGAUGACUUACUCAUACAUACAUCAACUUUGGCUGAGCACCAGAAGCUGCUCGACGUAGUUUUCAGUAAAUUAUCUCUGCAUCGAAUGACCUUAAAGCCCAGCAAGUGUGAGAUAGCCUUCACACGGACACACUUCCUUGGCCACACCGUUGGAGAUGGCAAAUGCGAGUGUCAGCAGGAGAAAAUACAGAAGAUUCGCAUGGCACCGCGACCCGUAAAUCAACACCAGCUUCGUUCUUUCCUCGGCCUCGUUGGGUAUUAUCGGAGCUUCAUUAAAGACUUUACGCAGAUUGCUCUUCCGCUAUUCAACCUCCUGAAGAAAAACUGCAGCAACAAGAUGGUGUGGGGUGCAGAGCAGGAGAAAUCCUUCGCUACACUAAAGGAAACCUUGUGUUCUGAACCUAUUCUCCGACUUCCAUCCAAAGAUAAACCGUUUACUUUGCGGACAGACGCAUCGGGAGAAGGUGUUGGAGCAAUCCUUUUGCAAGAGUUUGAUGGCAGAUUGUUCCCCGUCGCUUACCACAGCCGUAGACUCUCCAAAGCUGAGUGCAAUUAUUCGACUGUUGAACGAGAGCUGCUAGCUGUUAUAGAGGGGAUUCACAAGUUUUAUUACUACUUGUGUGGUGCUAAAUUCACUUUGGAAACAGACCACAUGCCUCUCUCGCAGCUCAAACGAUCCAAGACCGCCAAUGCGCGCCUGAUGCGCUGGGGUCUCUACCUUCAGCAAUUUGAGUUCACUAUCCGCUAUAUAAGAGGAACUGAGAACGUAGGAGCUGAUCUACUCUCAAGGCUGAUCAGCGGAAGCAGCAGUGACCUUGAGGACAGUCUACCUGAAACGUCUCGCAACCCGGGACCUCAACUACAAUAUCAUGAAGCGGAGGUGGAGCAUCAACUGCAGAAGAAUCUUCAUUCCCGGGGAGCUGAGGUUCGAAACCUGUACUACUUGACUCCUGCGCAGGUUAUCACUUCAGAAUCUAACCUUGAAGGAGAGAAGCUAUCACUUCAAGUGGAUUUUUUUUCUCGUCUUAGUUAA